AUGGAUGCAGAAGCAUCAAAAAUAAAGUCCUAUAUUGAUUCACAAGGUAACUUUGUAAUCUUCCACGACCUUUACGUGAAACUUUUACACUUAAUUGGGGGUCCAAGAGAUCUUCAUUUGAGUCUAACUUUGGACACGUUUGAUGAGAAGAAAAUAGGUGGUUUUAUUGUAGUCAAUCCGACUUCAUUUUCAUUCAAAGGUACAAAAGCUUAUGUCAAUGUACCUGCAAGUAUAUUUGGCAAUCCCGUUGGUGUUAUAUUUAAUACGCUCACCGUCUCAAAUCUGAAAUCAAAAAUGACCAAAAACAUUGCAAUUAAAACAAUAAAUGGUGUUGAAGCAGUCAAAUUUAUCAGAGACUAUGCCAUGAAAUACUUCUUAUUGAAAAAUGAAAAUGGCGCUGUCACACAACUUAAAAGUGAAUUUACAAUAAUUCCAUAUUACGCAAAUCCAGUGGACAUCGCAGACACUACUUUUAAUUUGGUUUUUGAAGAUAACAGUGAAAUAUCAUUCAACUCCAAAUUGUUUAAUCAAUACGCCGGAUUUACUGGGCAUCAAGAUAAGUUCAAACGAGCAAAAGAAAUUCUCCAAAAAUAUCGUGAAGAAAUCAGUGCCAGAAAUAAGAAAGAGAGAGGAAGAGUUAUAUAUAGAGCUCCAGAUAGAAUAACCGAAGACCUCUUUGUGAAUAAAAAGGAGGCAGAUACCUUAUAUAAUGUUACAUUAAAUAGAGUUUUAUCUUGUGGCAUUAAAACAUAUAACAACAAGAAGUAUAAUAUUAUGUCGGUCUUCUCUUUCAAUUCCAAUGGCUUUGAUGAGUUUGUGGUGAACGCAAAGAAGUGCGGAGAGCUGUUUGACACCAACACAGACCCGAUAGUAGUGUUUCUGCCGAUGAAUGGUGGUGGGUAUAUCGAUGCAGAAAACUACCUUUAUAACAUCCUCUCUCCUAACACAAAUUACGAGAAAAGGAGUGUUGGGAGAAUCAAUCCUUCUACAGAAAAGGUACUCAGAAACGGCUUUGGAUAUGCUUUGAAAGACCCAAUUACUAAUCAGUAUUGGAUGGAUUACUCUGCUAAUGUUUUUGUUGGGCCACUUGGUGAUUGGUAUGACAAACCCCAAAGUGAAAUGUAUGGUUCAACGCAAUUUACACACUUCAGUGAGUCAAUUUUAGUUGGAAACUCGACGAUUUAUAAGACGAAGAAUAUUAGAAAAUGGAAUGAAAUAGUCGUGUUCUCGGACCAUUUUUGCUAUUCUGCUUGUUCUAUUUUUACGAAGAAUUUUGUGGAGAAGAAGUCUGCAAUUGUAGCAACUUAUAGUGGAUUACCAAAUUCACAAUUUAGAGCAGUCGGGGAGAGUCCAACUGCAGUGAUCCAAGACUAUUCUAUUCAUAACGGAGAAGAGACUAUUUUGAGUGAUUUGGGCAUCACACUUGGACUGUCAUUCCUUCCAACACUUCCACUGGAUAAGAGCAAUAAAGUACCCAGUGAGUAUCUAGUUCACCAACCAAACGACUACGUUGAAAUUGGCGAAUUCCAAAACACUGCUGAAGGUAUUGACGUCUUUUUGGAACAAGCGAAUUUGCUUAUGCAAAAGUAUUCUUCAAAUUGUGAGAACGGAAAAGUAACACAAGACGCAAAGUGCACCAAAAAUUCUGAAAGUGAGAUUUGGGGGAUCAAAUGUGUUAAUGGAGAGUACUUGGAAGCUAAUUGCGUGUUUAUGAAUUGCUCAAGUGGGUAUGUGCGAGACACUUCGAACACCAUUUGUUACAAAAAGGAGUGCGAAAACAGUGACAAAGUAGUUGAAAACUCCGAAUGUCCCAAAACAUCAACAAGUGAGAGUUGGGGAAUUCAAUGUGUGAACAACAAAAAGGAUGUCGCCAAUUGCAAAUUCAUUGAGUGUAAAACUGGGUAUAAACUUAACACGACAACAAAUAAAUGUGACAAAAUUGUAACACCAGUCACUGAGUGCAAAAGUGGAGAGACAAAGAAUUCAGUUGAUUGUAAAGAAACGAGUGAGAGUUCUAUAUACGCUGCAACUUGUGUGAAUGGAAAAUUUGAUUACACAAAGUGUGUGUUUUCGACGUGUCAGAGUGGGUAUGAAAUCAACGAGAAGACAAGCAAAUGUGAAAAAGUAGUCAUUUCAGAAUGCCUCGAAGGAGAAAGUAAAGUCGAUAUAUCAUGUAAAGAGACAUCUGAAACUGAAAUUUGGGCAGCAAAGUGUGUGAAUGGUAAGUUUGAUAAUACGCAAUGCAAGUUCAUUCAAUGUAAAGGUGCAUUAAGCGUUGAUGAGAACGGGAAGUGUUCAGAAAGUACUAAAUGCACUGAAGGAAGUGUCUUACAAAGUGAAAAAUGCAAAGACCAAAAAGAAAAUGAAAUUUGGGUUGCAACAUGUGAGAACGGAAAGUUUGAUUUUGAGAAGUGUCAAUUUUUACAAUGCAAAGAAGGAUUUCAACUCGAUGAACAAAAUAAAUGCGUGAAAAUUGUUGUAAACAAUUCGGACCAAAAUGAUGGUGCUUUGAGUUAUUUGGAAUGUGUUCUUUUGGCACUUCUUUUAGUAAUUUAA